GCACGGCNCCCUGCCCGCGGCGUGGGGCAGCUCGGGCACGGCCUUGCCGGCGGCGAGGCCGCGGUGAGCUGGGGCCCGGGGCGCGGCGGCAGGCGGAGGGAUGGCCCUGGUGCCCUACGAGGAGGGAGGCGGCUGGGCAGCGCGGCAGCUGCACAGCCCUUCGGCCACCUUCCACUUCGCCAGCCGCACCAUCCACCUCCAGCAGGACUGGCGGCGGCUGGGGGUGGCGGCCGUGGUCUGGGACGCGGCUGUUGUCCUGUGUGCUUAUCUGGAGAUGGAAGGCAUUGAUCUGAAGGAUCGGUCUGUGAUCGAGCUGGGAGCUGGAACUGGAUUGCUGGGAAUAGUGGUCACGUUACUAGUGGAUUGGCACAGGAACUCAAUGGAAUGAAGUGAACAGAGCUGUAGACCCCAAGCUGCAAGACAACACUACUUUCUUAUACAAGCCUCCUAAGGCUGUGGGAGCCAGAACACUUGUAUGAAGCUAUGUGGGGAGAGCAGUCAUCCUGCUUAGCAGCUUGACCAGAAGAGCUUUGCUGUUGCUGUUUUGACUUUGUGUGCAUGCAAGAAACCCCCAGCACUGCGCAACACUGUGCGAAAAAUCACCUGGACAAAUAAAAAAAUCCCAUACAAAGAGUUUGCAAUCUACGUGUUAGACCAGAAACUAGUGAAUGAAACAGAUGAAAAAAUAUGGAGAAAGCAGGGAUGAUGAAGCACAAAAUCCAAGGAAAUAAAAAAUCACCUUUUAACCUCCAGUCAUUAUGACACAGUGGUUAAAACGAUGGAUUUAAGGUAAAGGAUAAGACGGCAGCUUUACAAAUGUAGGAGCUAUGAACUGACAUGGAAUACAUGAGGUACUUUAGUAGCAGAAUCACAGAGAAGUUUUUGUGGAAGAGGUAUAGCUUUCAAUUCUGUGAACAUAUCUGCACCUAUCUUGUAUCUGGGGCCAGUUACAGCAGGUUGAAUAAUGCCAGCUGGGAAGUCACUGAAGACAGCAGUGAUCUGGCAAAGCCUUUCUGACCUAACCAACACCAGCUCAGAGUCUGAGCUUCAUACAGAAGUUUUGCAUCUACCAAGUGUUGCUGUGUCACCACAAUUUGGACUGAAGACAGAGGCUGUGUUGUGCCACCAGUGUGUGCAAAGGAGUUCAUCUCUGGAGAAGCCAGCAUGCACAAGCACACUCUUCUCAGUUUUGCUGCUUGUUUACUUAGGUCUGUUUUCCCACCAUAUACAGCCACUCUUCCAUAUAUAGUAAAAUCAAGUGUCUUGCUGCAGAAGCAGACUAAAGGGAACCUGUGGCAGCCUUGAAGUUAGCACUACUCCUUGCAAAUGAAAAUAUUUUCCCUUAAGAUCUAUUAUGGCUAGGGAUCUUCAGCAAUGAUUUUCACUAUUUUGGGCAGAACAGCCUUGAAGGCUGCUGGACAAGGCAGACAAUAAUCUCCCAAGUGCUAAAAAAGUAUCAUGGUUGAGAUAUGCUCAGGCCUACAGCCCAGCUUCUAUUUCCAAGGCUAUGCUCAUAAAGGAAAAAGGUGCAUCUGAAUUUUCUAAAGCAGAAGGAACUCAGAGGUCACUUAAAAUCUCCUGAACGCCUGAAGAGCUAUUCCUUAUGGCUAUUUGGCAUAUUUUAAGAAUGAAAGUGAGAUUUAGUACAGACACAAAAAGCUGUACAAAGGCUUAGUUAAUAAAGUAACAUGACACACCAUGUGAAGGAGAACCUCAGCUGGUUUUGCCAGAGGUACUUGCUAUGAGAAAAAGAGACACUAGAUGCUUUUCACUCUAUUCAACUCAUACUUAAAACACGCUUUCAUGAACAUUAAGCACAAACUAUUUUGCUCAAGCAGAAAUUCCCUCUGAGCUAUGAGACUUAACUUCCUUAGGUCUUCCUUAGGUCUCAUGGGAGAAAGGAAUUAAGUUUGAUUGCUGCUAGCAUUUCAACAAUAAUGAAAACCAGUAGUUGAUUUUUUGCAGACUGCAGAUUACACAGAAGUUGCUUUUUGCAAAGCUUCAGUGUAUUUUGUGUAUUAAGUAUUCAUUAAAGCUAUUUCUAAGGCAUCUAUCACAAUGAUACCUCAAUUCUGUGAAAUGUGGCAAUUAGCAUAUUCUCAGAUCACUUCUGUCUUUAGUGAGUACAACUGCUGAGGUUUCUUCUUCCUCCUAUUUGCUUAUCUCUUUACAUCCUAUUCCAUGGACACAUUCCAUAUUCCAAUGCCAAGACUUCACAGAAGAGAGAUAUCAGUUAAAUGGUAAAGAUAAAAAUAAUAAAAAUAUAACCCCACUGUUUGUAUCUCCAUGUGAAUGCACCAAUCCCUUAAGCAAGAUGCUUCUGCUUUAACCU